AUGAAUAGAAUUACCCAAAAUAAAAAGGGGAGUUUGGAAAGAAAAAAGAUUGCGCCCGCCCUCAUGAAUUUCGAAAAAUAGCAGAAACAAAACUCAAAGCCCCUUCUUCUCCAUUCAAUUCGCCGUUGAUUCUGCGAUUUAAUUUUCCGUCGCGAUGGAAGAAGGCGGAGGAAGCUCGGAAAUGGAGUACACUAACAUCGACGCUGCCUCCGACGCUCUCGACUGCUCCACCAUUUUCCACCUCGCCUCCGACAUCGUCGGUUUCAUUCUCUUCAUGCACCAGCAGAUCCCCUCAUUACUCCAGGACAUCACGCUCGAAUUCGAUGAACUACGGUCCGAAUUCAAGGAAUUGGAAAUUGAGCUCUCGGAAAGUGAACCGAAGGCUCCAUUGAUAAGGAGAAAGCUAGCUGCCCGAAAAAGGGAAGUGAAAAUGGGGAUAAGAAGGUUAGAGAAAUUGAUGGGGUGUAUAUCUAAUCUCAAAGCCGCACUUCAGUUGUUGAUUGCUGAAGUUCCAAAUGUCGAUAAAAUCUCUCUGGUUCUUGGACCUAGUCCUCUAAGGCCUUUGCACAUCUAUGAAUUGAGUUUCUCAAAUGGGAGGCCAUUUUUGGAGGAUUUCAGUAGAAGUAAAACUGCAGAAACGCUAUCUAGAAAGGCAAUACGCAUGAUGAUAUCGAAGGGUGUUGGGUCAGAUUCUUAUGCUGGUCCUACAAAAUUAUUCCUCUUGGUGAAAGCUCCCUCUUACCUUAAUUUGCCUCUGCACUUUCUUCCCAAGCGCGAGUUUCGGCCAAACAGGAAGAGCAAGCCUUUUAGAUUGAGAUUCAGGUGCAGAACCCAUAAUCUGGAAAUGAAUCCUCGACGUAAUGAUUGUGCUAGCUCAGUCGAAGUGCAGCACUCUCCAUCACCGGAUUUGAUCUGGUUUCAGUGUCGACACACUAUCAAGGGCUUGGCCUCGAGGGCGUCACCUGCAGAAGAUUGAAACACAAUGCUGUGCAGAGAGGCAAUUCGUGCUAGAGUUUAUAGAGCAAUGAAACUGCUCGCAAAUGUUUUGCAUGUUUGUAUUCACAGCAUGGAUACAGGGGAAGCCAAGGAAGAAAUAGUUGGUAUUGUACUUGUUAAUUUUGUGUAUUUUUCCAUUUUCAUAAUUUCUUUCUUUUGUUCAGGAAUAUCAGAUUAUGUUAUUAGGUAAUAGCGAAGACAUGGAGGCAAAGGGAUGCCUAACAAAAUGGUACACAUGUAGUGCUCGUUUGGUUUAAGUAGAGGAAUGAAAAAAGGAAUGAAAUCAAAUAAAGUGGUGGAAUGAUAACAA